GAUAGAGCUCCUCUGCAGUCUGUCUGGCCAACGCUCGUCGUUGUCGAAGAAGAUCAGGUUGUCAACCUUCACGUGGAUGUCCUCGUCUGACAAGCUACGGACUCACGCGAGGUCCGGCGGGAAAUUUCUCGAGCUAUCAGCAUGGCUCUAGGGCCAUGGGACGGCGACGCAAGAUAGCAGGUCGAGGUCUCGAGGAACGGAACCCAGAGCGCGCGACGAAUGUCGUGGGUGUGCUGUCGGGAAGAGCUGGUUCAAGUUUUUUUUGGACUGAUCGCUCUGCUCUGGAUUGCGGACACCAGCUGGAUCACAAGCGCGUCUCGGUUGCCGGCAACGAAGAUAAAAACUAUGCACGCAAGCCCGCCAGUAUGCUGCUGGGCGGACAUUUCGAUGCACACAACUGGCGCGACAGAUACGUCCAACACGCAUGAUGUUCCUGGUGCAAGGUCAAGCUCGCGCCCAUCGCACGCUCCAUUAGACCACGGCCCUGCACCUAUGCACCUCGCCUCCGACCUGCGUACGGCGCGGCGGCUGUAGAACACGAUCACACCAAGAGCACUAAUGGCCUAUUCCUCAAGAUUGAACAAAGUCUCUGAAACAUCCGCCCACACUUUGGUUCUCGAUAUCCGUCGCGACAUCCUCCCGUUUGGCCACCACUCCCACAUAUACUGAACAGUGCUCCGGCUAGGGAUGGCUCGCGCACGCUGCCCUCGUGGUUGACCGGCUCCUCGGCUCUUGCGCCGCUGACCGCACCGCAUACAACCUCCCCACCGCUCCGGUUUGCGUCGAGCCGUACGCGCUCCCUGGGCGACCUGCCCGCGCUGUACGUCCAGCGGAGCGACUUCAUCGAACAUCACCUUGGACUCGUACGCCUGGCGCGCCGUCUUUGUGCAACCGGCUGCAUUUCGAGUUCCUCGACUUUGCAAGCGCUACCGCAGGACGAAAACAUGUAUCGGCGUCGGUGCCUGCAGACGAUUGGGCAAGCCGCUGGGAGCUCAUCGCGAUGGGUAGAGGCUUGGGAUUUAUGCGUGAACACAACUGUUCGUGUAGAGAGCGAACAGGCUAGCCUAUGAGCGAGCUUGGGUGUUUGCUAGCAAUGGCUCGUGUAAUAACGCUGUCGUGCUGCGUAUGACAAGACAGCAGCUACAUCAGUUACAUGCGAUAGCAGCAGCUCUCUCAACACGGGCCGUGCUUUGUCCCGUGCUUUUUACUAUGCUUUACGUCUUACCUUACGAUACCAAGGGCUAUUAUCACAGUAAUAUCCGACUUUAUUUGCUAUAUUUUCAUUUCGUGGUCUGACGGGGAAUACUCUGCAGGCUUACUUGCUCAAAAUUGGUCUUUGAUGUGUUUUCUUCUCUGCAUGACCUUUGGAUGCCAUUCAACCAAGUGACGUAGUGGUAAGGGGCCUCAGCGCCAUAGCAUUUACCGUUCCGGCAUGUGCGAUACGCCGCGACUGUCCUUCCACUUUUCCAGCUACAUUGGAUUUCGAGCAUCGGGACGCACAGAACUUCCAUAUACGUUGUGAGUUUGGCUAUUCCGUGUCCUUGAUUUUCCGCACUUUAAUUUGUG